AUGAUGCUGAUGAUUACGAGGGAAAGCGAACAAGAGAAGGACAAAAAAGAAAGAAAAACGAUAUCUUCAAACGUUCUCGGUGACUUCAACGCACCAGCAGGCAUCAAAGAAUCAGAGCGCAUGCAUAUCCCGAGGAUUUUAAGCGAAAAACGGACAAUUAUCUCCGAAUUGAAGCCUUCAGGGGGCUUCUGGCAACCCUGUCUACCUUUCGAUCUGGUUGCUGUAACUGGCGUGUAUUCAUUUUAUAUUUUCCCGGUGGCCUUGGAGAACUUCCAAUAUUGUGUUGACAUGGGCAACUCGCGGCUCCUCUCGGGCAGCACCAACAACACCGCCUCCUGCGCCGACGGGACGUGGUCCUUCCUCGAGGAACCGCCUGAGUGCAUUCCGGUAACGACAAGUGUUAUCAUGACAACCACGACGAGUCGACCGUUAACAGAAAGUACAACAGCAUCAACAACAUCUAAAGCUGUUGCCAAGACAACCACUACGCCUCGACCCUUGACAGAAAGUACAGCAGUGAAAUAUAUCUCAACAAACUUUCCGAAGGACAUCGACUGCCAUAUUACAGUUGCAGCAUCAACAACACCCACAAGUAUUGCCAUAACAACCGCUGUGAGUCAACCCUUGGCAGAAAGCACAGGAGAGUCUACAGGUUCUACAAGGCCUACAGGAUCUACAGGGCCUACAGAGUCUACAGGGCCUACACCGUCUACUGGAUCUACAGUGCCUUCAGGGUCUACAGUUUCUACAGGGUCUACAGGGUCCUCAAAUGAUACCAUGGCAAACUCUGCUAAUUCCUCUGCAACAGAAGUAACAGGGAAUAACACAGGAACGGGGUCGUGGGAGAACUCGUCAUCUCUACAGACGAACUCCUGCCCUAGACUGAGGAGAUCUAUUCUCUCCGUCUCCCUUUUCACUUCUCUGAACACUCUCGGUCGCAACCUGGUUCACACCAGCCCUCCCAUUACGUCGGAGUGGGCUACAGGCCAUUAG